AUGUCCGGAUCUUUUGAACAGGCAUUUAAGUCCCAGCUCUCAUCGUGGCGCGGGUCGCUGCAAUCAGGCUUCUCGGGUGCCUCCAGCAGCUCUAAUACUAACACUAACAAUUCAUCGGAUUCCAUCCUCGAUAAGGUCGCCAGCUGGAACCCCUUUGCAAACAACAAGUACAUCUCGCUGCCAAUUACUGAGCCCCGCAGCACCCCAUUCUCGUCCACAACAACCACCAACGGCGUGUCGCCGCAGGCUGCAGCUGAAUCUGCCCCCAUCGAGGAGCCAGCGUGGUUCAAUCUCUCAUAUUGGGACCGCCUGCUCAUUUUCGGCAUUUGUCUGCUUGGUGCUGUGGCCUGUUUUGCGCUUUGCUUCUUCAUCAUGCCAGUUCUCGCGCUCAAACCGCGCAAGUUUGGUGUUUUGUGGUCUCUAGGAUCCCUCCUCUUUAUGAUUUCAUUUGGUGUGCUCCAGGGCCCAAUUUCGUACCUGCGCCACCUCACGUCACCUGCUCGCCUUCCCUUCACUGUCACAUACUUUGGCUCCAUCAUUGCCACCCUCGUCUUCUCUCUGGGCUUGAAGUCUACGAUUCUUACAAUCUUGGCCUGUGUGUGCCAAAUCAUUGCAGCAAUUUGGUAUGCCGUCAGCUACUUCCCUAUGGGCACCCAAUCCCUCAAGUUUGCCUCUCGAAUUGGUGCACGUCAAGUCACAAGUUGGAUUAACUCGUGA